AUGGCUAUCCCAAGUGUUGUUGAGUCAACCAGUGCGGGUGUUACUACUAACAUGGUGGAGAACCCGCUGGCUGAGCUCCUUGAAGUCCUCGGUAUUGCUGAACCCUCACUACUACUAUGGUUAUCUGCCGCUGAGUUAGAGACUGCCAUGGAAGGCCAACCUCUUAGCAAGAAGGUCUAUCUACGACGUACCUUCUUCACCUAUAUAGACGCCGAAGGCCCUAACUCUCAAGCUGCAAGCCUCUCUCGAAGGCCAGCAAACACAGUACAUCCACAGCAGGUUACAACUUCUGCUGCCACUGUGCAGGUCUACCCUCAAGGAGUGCCCCAGGCCCCUCUCAUGCAAGGUCAACAACACCCUUGUAACAACGACAUCACCAACGUGGCGUAUUGGUGUGAUCUAUCCCACAACUAUGAUAAGGAGAAGGCGCUCGAUACAACGAAGGCCAUCAAUGCUGUUUCCCAUAUCAAGUGCCCCGACAACAAACAGUACAAGGGAAACUCUGAUAACAGGAGUAUCAACUACUUCCUGAGUCUUGUCCGCUGUGAAGCGAAGCAAACAGCGCUGGGCCCUCGACUAUCUUAUAUCUAUCUAUCCAACUGUCUUAGCCAGUCGGUCAAGAGGAACUUACAGAUCCACUUGGAAACUACUAUGGACCCCACUCUCUACUUGAACGACUAUGUUCUGACACUAUCACAAGCACUUGGUUACCUUCAACAUAAGUACUCUCUGUCGAAUUCACAUGCGGAAGUCAUGAGAUACUUCUCUGACGUCAAGAUGGACAAUGGUGACAUCAACAUUUACGAUUACCUCGACCGUAUCGAAUCUGCUGUUGCUAUGUGUGCGAGUGUUGGCCUCCAUCUACAACCCAGUCAAAUCAACCUACACUAUCGUGAAGGCCUCCAUCCCACUCUGAGGAAGACUGCAGACGAGAACUACGCGGCCAUCGAUGAUGUCCAACAGCUUACGCAAGCCCUACGUAGCCAUAUCCGCUGCAAUCCAAAGCUCUACAUCAGCAAUGCUAAUUCAAACAAGGCCCCUCCGGUAUCAACUGCUACUUCUACUAAGGCUCCUAAUCCCAAGCUUCCUAGGGUUGAAGACCCCGAGACUCUCAAACUCUGUCGAGAGCAAGGGAUAUGCUUGGCCUGGACAGCUCGCAGGCAGUGCCGCUAUGCCGAUAAUUGCAAGUACAAGCAUAGUGACGUAGCCCGUUUACUACAACACCAGAAAGAUGACUAUCACCUCCCUCCUGGUUCUGACAUGGUCCUAAGGUCUACUUUCUGUGCCGACAACAACUUCUUCAUCGUUGCUGACACUGGUUGUACAAGAUCAAUUAUAUCUUGGCGACUUGCGACGGCCUUACUACAGCACUAUCCUGGCGGCCAACUCAUUCCUUAUGACUCUAUCGAAGGCCAUCAUAUCGCCGCUCUCAAAGGCAAGGCCUCUAAACAAAACUCGGACGACGCUAUCUCCUACGACGUCGAUUCACUAGGCGACACACCACCUACAUUCCCUAAACCACCCGAAAGCUACCAACUACUCGAGACCAUCUACAACAACGAAUGGUGUACUAUUGGUAUCCUUUCUAAUAAGGAUGGUAACAAAGAGUAUUUCGUUGACUACAGUGACCAACUACUGCGGCUAGCUCUAGACAAUCAGCCGAAACCGGUCCCUUCUACUCACUAUUUCCUCAUCAAAGCCAGUACUGACGAGCGUCAACAAGCAGAGCAGCGCAUCGACGCCCUGAUCAAUGGAGGCAAACUACAACCUACUGGUAUUGGUGAUAUCAACAGCUACACCACAAAUUGGUAUCCACGUACUGGUCGCAAGCGGGUCAGACCUAUACAGCCUACAAUAAGGACAAAUGACUUGCUCAAAAAAGCCAGCAAGAAGUUCCCAAUCAAGGACUGCCAAUCCAAGAUACCUCGCAUCAUCAACAAGUACAGGUCAUCUGCUACUGCUCAUUCUAUGGAUAUCAAGGAUACCUAUAGAUCCAUCAAGCUCGGUUCAAAUGUCCAACUCCUCAGUCAGAUCAACUACAAGGGAAAAAACUGGACCUACACCUACAUGAGUGAUGGUAACUCUACUAAUCCUCAAGUCCUCGAGAUCAUCAUUGCGCAUGCCAUCGGGGAACUAGAACGACUCGGUACUUGCCCUGGAUUACUUGUGAGCUACAUGGACGACUUCCUAUACCUUGGUGGCCAGCCUGAAGACAUUGAAAAAGUGAAGGCCCACUUUGCAAGCUACGGUAUGUAUCUAACCACCGAAGACCUCAACGGACCUGAUGCUAAUGGUUUACUAGUCCUCGGACAUGAGCUUUGCGAUAAUGGUAACUCUCUUCUACUGCCUACCUACAAGUAUAAAGAUGCCGUCGACUUCGACAUCUCCUGCACAGUCUCCUAUAAAAAAGCUCUAUCACUCCUCAAUAUUUUAUGGCAGGCUUGGGACCUAUUACCAUGGCACAUUCUCAUCAUCAAGAACUGCCUGACUGCACUAGUUUCAAGAUUAAGAGCUGUGAACGACCACAAAUGGACUGACGAUGUGGACGAUAAGGCUAUGGACUUGCUCAGAAGAUGGCAACAACUGUUGAAGGCCAACCCUCCAACUCCGACGCACCGGUACAUCCAUCCAGAUGCACCUAUUCAUGUCUGGUUCGACUCCUCCGAACUCUUAGGAGCGAUGGUGGCCAUUCAGGACAACCAAGUGGUAUUCAAAAAGCAGUGGAAAUGGUCCACUCAAGAGCGAGCCUUGCACAUUAACGUGAAGGAACUCACUACUGCCUACAAUGCUCUCUCUACUCUUGUCUCCUUCGAGCUCGAUACCAAUAAGAAGUUCUCGAAGAUCAUCCUCUACGGCGACAAUCGUACAGCUAAUGCUGCCCUAGCUUCUGGUAAGGUCUCUACUUCUGGUAAGCAAUCUACUCUACUUCAACGAACUAUCGACCUUAUUCAUUACCUUAUGGGAAGACGCCAGUUUGAAAUUCACUAUGUGGCCUCUGCCGAGAAUCCUGCUGAUGCCGGCACAAGGUGUGACCUCUACAGCGAUUUGGUUGAAUAUCGUGAUUCUAUCGACGGCGUGAGUCUUGAAGCUCUGUCUGACGAUGAUACCUCAGAUAUGAACACUGUUCAUGUUGCUAGAAUUAUACGUAAGCGUGGUGACGAGGACGAAGACACCAACGAGAUCGGUGAUAAAAGACCACGACUUGAACCACCUUUACGAGUUCCCACCAAUCCAUUACCACCCCUACAACGACCACCCUAUUUUGACAUUGUUCAAUUACCCUCUAACAUGUUGGCCACCUAUAGAUCUCUACCCCUAAGUGAAGAUGGUAGACGUCAACUGGCUGACGGCGAUUUUCUGUAUAAGUGUGCUGAGUUCUGUCAUUCUCUCAAGCAUACUGGUGCUUCUGAGAUCACUGCUAUUCUCAAGUGCUAUUUCGAUCCGAAGUCAACCACUAUCGACUUCGAUGAAGCAGCUAAGAAGGCCUCAAGAAGCUGCAUCACUUGUGCUCUCGUCAAGACCGACCCUGGCGAUAGACAACCCAAGAACCCCACCUCCAACGAUAUAGUCAUCCCUGAUCGACCAUUUCAAGUAGCCAGUUUGGAUGUACUUGGUCCUUACGUUACGACUACAACAACCAAUGGUUCGACCGGUAAAUUCUACUCCAUCAAUUUGGUCUGUCAGCUCACUAAUCUACUCUUAUGUUACCCUACUAUUAGUGCGCCGACGGCCAUCGAUAUACAACGAGCAGCCAACCUACCCCAUCGGCUCUAUCAUUACCCACUACAGAGGAUUUUGACUGACAACGCUAGUAUCAUCAAGUCAGCUUCAAAAUCUAUGCCCUCUGUUCAAUUCGAUUAUGUACCUGUCUCUGCAUCAUGGUUAAAUGGACAUGUUGAAGCUCGUCAUCGACUACUCAACCAACGACUGCGACGUUCUUUCUUGACAACUGCUUUUGUUGACGAGAAAACUUGGUUUGAAGCUGUCUCUCGUGCGGCUUAUGAGAUCAACUCUAGCUCCAAUCUACUUGCACGUGGACUCUCACCGCUAGACAUGGUUAUUGAUGGUUCGGGUAUUUCUCCUUUCGACACCAGCGAAAGAUGUAAGCUUCCAGAUGACAAAUGGACUAUUUGGAGAAAAUAUAAGCAUGACUGUCGUGAACGUACUCUCAAAGCGAUGGCCAACAAGACUGCUACUGGACCUCCACUACAAGUUGGUGAUAGUGUACUUGUACACACUACGGAACCUCAUCCGAAGGCCUCCACACCCUGGAUUCCAACAAGGAGAGUUAUUGUUGAGAUAGAAGGCAACCGUGCUUUGCUAGAUGAUGGUGUAUGGCGCUCUACUGAUAAGCUCAAGAAGCUAAAUGAUGAAGUUGUGAGAUUUCGUGUGUGA